AUGGGUUGCAAUCAAAGCACGGCGGGCAAAUCUGCGCCCAGGGAGUCCAGAGCCAACGUGGAUGAGCAGACCUAUAUGUUCCUGUGCAAGGUGAAGUUGUUGAAGCGUUUGCCCAAGGACGAAUUGCCAGCCCUGGCGAAGCAAGCGACUGAGGUGCUGUUCAAACCAGGAGAGAGCAUCAUCACUCAGGGUGAAGAAGGAAGCGAUUUCUACAUGAUCAAGAAAGGCACCGCGGAUGUGGAGAUCAAUGGGAAGACGGUGGCUAGCCUCAAAGCAGGCGAUUACUUUGGCGAGAACGCGCUGCUCCGCAACGAGCCGCGCAACGCCACCAUCAAGGCGACCAAAGAGGUGGUGACCCUCAAGAUCACCCGCAAGUCCUUCAUGAGCCACUCGCAAGAAGGGUGGAGAAGGUGCGGCCGUGCCAUGCUGAUCGUAGAGCGUUUCGUUCACCGUUUCGUGCCAUGGAUCUCAUCAUGGAUCUUGCGGAUGUCGACACUGGAGGUAGGCUCACCACUGUGGACAAGGUUAGUGUCUUUGUUCCUGCGCUUGAGCGCCAUUUGGUCAGAUCAGUUCACACUGGUUCCAUUAUGGUGCUUGGUGGCCUUAGAUGGAGCUUUUGAUGUGCUCACCCUUCUGGAUGUUGUCCUGGUGCAGCAUUUCUCUAUUCCGUCGCUGAUGGUGGAUGAUGUUACUAGGGUCUUGUAUCUCUCACGGCAUACAUGGGAAGACUUCUUCAAACUGGUCGAUGCUUGCAGCGGGUUAGGAGGAAUGACACAUGGUGCCCAUGCCGUAGGGAUGCAGACCAUGGUUGCUGUUGACUCAAAUGCCCGUCUGGUGGACCUACACAAGGUUCAUAGAGUAUGUGAGUAUGUGAUCGGUGAUGUUGGCUGUCCACAAGUGAUUGCUGAAGUGUGGUUCAAGUGCAGUUAUGCUGCAGUGAUGAGUGCGGGUUCUUUAUGUCAGCCGUUUUCUCCUUUGGGUGAUCGUAAAGGAGGGGCAGACCCUCGUGCUCUGUCCCUCCCCAAACUCCUCAGAGCAGCACUGUUUCUGCGUAUCCAAGUUUUGGUACUGGGAUGCAUUGUACCAGCAUGCAGUGAUCCGUUUGGCUCACAUCACCUUGAUGGGUUUGUGGAAUUGUCUGGCUUUGUGAAGGAGAACAUCAACCUUGAGGUGAUGCAGAAACAAACACAGAUUGAUGGGCAGUUCCAAGAGUUCACCCACCAUCAGUCUCAUCAGGUGUUGAAUCUCCAGGCCCAAAUGCAAGCUCAGCCUCAACAACUACACGGCCAAAGCGGGACUCAGAACCAGAGCAUCCAGGCUAUGUUUGAGAAUCAGCUUUCUCACAUACGUGGCUUGUUGCAGAAGAGCACGAGAGAUGACGGUCUCGGGCUCCAGGAUAAGUUGGAAUUCCCCAAGCGCGGCGCUGUGGGUGGCGGCGCGCAGGUGCAGGCAGAAGUCAAGCCGCCGAGCUCCAAGUCAGAUGCGGACGUGACGUUGAUCAAGAAGGCGUUGCAGGAGAAUGUGAACUUGAACACCAUCGCCAACCUCGAUGAUGUCCGAAUGAAGGCCAUGUGUGACGUGAUGUGGAAGGAGGACGUGGCCGAGGGAACUGCUUUGAUUAAACAGAACGAUUUGCAGGCGGACUAUUUCUACAUCGUGCAACAGGGCAGCUUUUCCGUGUCUAAGGCCGAAGGUGACGGCAAAGAAGGCACCAGUUUGGAGGCUGCGGCCACGGCACAGCUGGGCACCAUUGAGGCGGGUGGAAGCUUCGGUGAGUUGGCGCUGCUCUACUUUGCUCCACGCGCAGCGACCAUCACUGCGACAAAGAAUUCGGUGGUCUUCGUGACGGCACGUCAUCAGUUCAAGGAAAUUCUGCUGAAAGCCAAUGAAGCCGAGAUGAAGCAGAACUUGAACUACGUGGGACGAUGUGAAGUGUUCGAGGCUGCCCUGAAGGAUUCUGAGAAGAAGGAGCUCGCAAAGGCGAUGAUGGAAAUGACCUUCACCAAGGAUGAGACGAUCUUUGAACAGGGCGAAGUUGGCACCCAAUUCUUCCUGCUGGUGGAGGGCUCUGUGACAGUCAUCAAGGAUGGCAAGGAAGUGGCCAGCCUGACGGCCACGGCUGAGAGGGCUCCCUACUUCGGAGAGAAGGCAUUGGAGAACAAGGAGCCCCGCGCCGCCACGGUGAAGGUCACCAGCGCCAGCGCCAAGACGCUCUUUGUGGACAAGGAAAGCUUUGAGGUGGUGUUGGGUUCCCUCACGGAGCUGGUGAAGCGUGGCAAGGACGGUACGGCCGUGGUGGCCAAGGUACGACAGACCGAAAUGGUUAUCGAUUCAAAACGCUUCGGCAAUAUCAAGUUCAAGGAUCUGAAGAAGCUGGGCCUGCUGGGCUGCGGCGGCUUUGGCGCCGUGGAGCUGGUGGAAGAGACCAAGUCGGGCGAUGUGUAUGCACUGAAAGCCUUGAGCAAGGGAUUCGUGGUGAAGAGCGGCAUGCAGAGCAGCGUCAUGAGUGAGAAGAACGUCCAGCUGAUGUGCGACAGUCCCUUCAUCGUCAAGCUUUACGAGACCUAUAACAGCCCCGAGCACUUGUACCUGCUCUUGGAGUUGGCCCUGGGGGGUGAACUUUACGCCACGUACAACAAGCGCAACAUGUGGGGCAACGAGCCUUGCGCCAAGUUCUAUGUGGCGGGCACCGUCUUGGCCUUCGAACAUUUGCACAGCCGGAAGAUCGUUUUCCGCGACUUGAAACCGGAGAACCUGCUGCUGACGGACAAGGGCCGUGUGAAGCUCACGGACAUGGGCUUGGCGAAAGUCAUCCACGGUAAAAGCUACACCACCUGCGGUACCCCCGACUACUUCGCCCCAGAGUUGAUUGCAUCCAAGGGCCAUGGGAAUGCGGUGGAUUGGUGGACCCUGGGAGUGUUGACCUUCGAGUUGAUGUCAGGCCAUCCUCCCUUCGAGUCUGCCACACCCAUGCAGAUCUAUGCCAAGGUCCAGAAGGGCAUCAACGCCGUGAACUUCCCCAAGAAGUGCAAGGGAGAUGUUGAGGUCAUGGUCAAGGGCCUGUGCCACGCCAAUCCCACGGAGCGCUUGCCUAUGAAGAAGGGAGGCAUCCAAAAUGUCAAGUCGCAAAAGUGGUUCACCGGCUUCGAUUGGGCUGCCAUGGAAGGCAUGACCAUGAAGGUUCCAUAUGCUCCCACUGUGAAGAGCAAGAAGGAUAUGAAGAAUUUCAGUGCCAACCGGGAAGACAUGCCACCACAGGUGCCCUACAAAGAUCCCAAGACUGGCUGGGACAAGGACUUUGCCACCAGCGACUGA